ACAUUACGACAUCAACGCAAGUAGGGGAAUAACAAUUCAUAAAAGCCAAACUACUUAACCCUCACUUCGCCGCAUCCACCCACUUCCUGUCAUAUCCCUAGUUUCUUCCCAUUCUUCAUGUUUCCAACAAGAUUUCGGCUGUGAUCUGUUUGGUUUCCUUCUGAUUGUUUACUCAGUGGAAAAAAAGUAGAAAUUAAAUUAGUUGACCUUUCUGGGGAGUUUUGUAGUGAGAGAAAGUUGCAAUUUCUCUUUUAGGAUAAUGGCGAGUUGUUCUUCAAAUUUUGCUUUGGCUCGUGGUGUCAAUGUAAGGAAAGAAGCUGUUUUGGGGAAGCUGGGAAAUCAAGAUUCAAGUUUGAGUAAGUUGAGUUUCAGGGUUGUGUUGAAGGAGUCUGCAUUUCCCGUCCUUUGUGGGAACAAAUGUGAUAGAUUAUAUGUGUCUAUGAAGAAGAAAGAAACAUUUUUUGUAAUGAGUAUGUUGCAGCCUCCGGAUGAAUCACAAUCUACUGUAAAUACUAUAGGAUUUUCGGAAGGGGGAGGUGAUAGUGUCACUAGAAAGGGCCACAAGAAUUCCGAUAGCGAGUUAGGUUCCAAAACUGAUAGAAAUGAAGAUAAUGGAGUUGUUUUUGAUGGUAGUGGUGGUAAUGGGAGCUUUGGAAGUGGUGGAACGGGAGAUGGCAAUGGUGGGGGCGGCAGUGAUGAUGACGGUAAUGACAAAGAAGAGGAGGAAUUUGGGCCAUUACUAAGAUAUGAGGAGGUAAUGCGAGAGACGGAGGCUCGUGGGACUACCCUUCCUUUAGAUAUGAUAGAGGCUGCUAAGAGUGUGGGAAUCCGCAAGGUGCUUCUUCUUAGAUAUUUGGAUCUGCAGGGAUCUGUUUGGCCUCUAGGAUUUUUCAUAAAAUCAUGCUCUAUGCUUCGGAAUCGAAUGCUGGCUGAUCCAUCGUUUCUUUUUAAAGUUGGCUCAGAGAUCGUCAUUGAUACUUGUUGUGCUACUUUUGCUGAAGUUCAAAAGAGAGGCAAAGACUUUUGGGCCGAAUUUGAGUUGUAUCUUGCAGAUCUUCUUGUUGGGCUGGUUGUUAAUGUUGCUUUGGUAGGAAUGUUGGCACCCUAUGCUCGAAUUGGGAAACUAUCAGUAUCUGGGGGAUUCCUUGGUAGAAUGCAGAAAGCAUAUGCAGCUUUGCCUAGCAGUGUAUUUGAAGCUGAAAGGCCAGGAUGUAGAUUUUCUGUACAGCAGAGACUUGGAACAUACUUUUACAAGGGAAUAAUGUAUGGAGCUGUUGGAUUUGCAUGUGGUAUUAUAGGCCAAGGCAUUGCAAAUUUGAUCAUGACUGCAAAGCGGAGCAUAAAGAAAUCAGAAGAGGACAUACCUGUGCCACCUCUUGUGAAGAGUGCUGCACUUUGGGGUGUGUUUCUUGCUGUUUCUUCGAACACACGAUACCAGAUCAUCAAUGGAUUGGAACGUUUGGUCGAAGCUUCACCACUGGCAAAGCAGGUUCCCCCAGUUGCUCUGGCUUUCACAGUUGGUGUGCGUUUUGCCAACAAUGUGUAUGGUGGCAUGCAAUUUGUUGACUGGGCUAGGUGGAGUGGGGUGCAAUAACUGGCUAAUUGCUUUAUCUUGUUCUGUGUUAUAGCCUUGUAGAUGUGAUCUUUUAGCCAUCGUUUUUCUUAAAUAU